AUGAAGCCAAUUAUAAAGUCGAUCCUUGAUACAGAUGCGUACAAGUUACACAUGCAGCAGGCUGUCUUUCAUUUCUAUCCCACAAUUCACGUUGUUUACGAGUUUCAGUGCCGCAGUUCGGAGAACAAAUUGGGUGAUGCUGCAGAUGCUAUUCGAGAGCAGGUAGACCUCAUGCGGCACGUUGCCUUGACAGAUGAUGAAUAUGCUUACCUCUCAACCAAACGUUACCUCAAAAAGGAUUACCUUGACUGGCUUCGUGAGUACAGGUUCAAGCCAGAUCAAGUCAUUAUUGAUGCUGUUCCGAAGACUCGGUGCAACGGGGAGACGAAUAUAACGUAUCGGGAGCUCGCCAUCACAAUCAAAGGUCCAUGGGUGGAAACUAUAUUAUGGGAAGUGCCGUUACUAGCGAUUGUGUGUGAAGUAGUGCAUAGCAAGCGGACGCAACAUAUUGGGGCUGCCGAGGCAGUUGAACACCUCAAUGCGAAGUUGGAUAAACUUUUUGCUACAUACGUGAAUGGUGAACUAGACAUGUUUCGGGUCACGGAUUUUGGGACACGACGGCGCUACAGCUUCGAUGUGCAGGAAGCCAUUGUCAGGACGUUGCAGUCGCAUCCAUCAUUUGGACGGAACUUUUCUGGCACGAGCAAUUACCAUUUGGCGAUGAAGCUGGGUCUACCGGCGGUAGGGACGCAGGCACACGAGUGGUUUCAGGCCCAUCAGCAGCUUUCCCCAGUUCUACGGGAUUUCCAGCGCGUGGCUCUUAAGCAGUGGUUGCUAGAGUACCCUCAAGAUCUUCACAUCGCACUCACCGACUGUAUUUCAAUGGACGGUUUUCUGGGUGACUUUGAUGCUGACCUCGCACAAGCGUACGUCGGCUUGCGGCACGAUUCGGGUAAUCCAUAUGUUUGGGGUCGCAAGGCCAUUGAGCAUUAUAAGCGAUUCAAUAUUGAUCCGAAGUUGAAGACGCUUGUCUUUUCCGAUUCUCUUGACCUUGAGAGGGCCGCAAAACUGCAUUGUACCUUUGCGCAGGAGUCAAAUGUCAUGUGUGGUAUCGGAACCCAACUCACGUGCUCCAUCCCCGGUGUGCAACCGCUGAGCAUUGUGAUUAAGAUGACAGAAUGCGAUGGGAAGCCUGUUGCAAAGAUAUCUGAUGAACCAGAGAAAACUACAUUUAGGGAUUUGGACUAUGUUCAAUUGUUAGGGCGAACAUUCAAUGUGGAAUUGCAGGAUAUGAUUGAUGCGGGUUGUGGUAGGAGCGCUGUUCACCACCCAACACAGGUACAAUGA